GGACUGGCCGUAAGCGCCGUGCGCAUGCGCUCUCCGUGCUCAUUCAGCCAAGAUGGCGCCGGUGGAGCACGUUGUGGCUGAUGCUGGAGCUUUCCUGAAGGAUGCGCCUCUGCAGGACAUCGGGAAGAACAUCUACACUGUCAAGGAGGUGGUCGGUGAGAUUCGGGACAAGGCCACGCGCAGGCGACUCGCAGUCCUGCCCUAUGAGCUGCGGUUCAAGGAGCCCUUCCCGGAAUACGUGCGGCUGGUGACGGAGUUUUCAAAGAAAACAGGAGACUAUCCCAGUCUCUCUGCUACAGAUAUCCAAGUGCUUGCCCUCACCUACCAGCUGGAAGCAGAAUUUGUUGGGGUGUCUCACCUAAAACAAGAGCCAGAAAAGGUUAAAGUGAGUUCGUCGAUUCAGCACCCAGAAACACCUCUGCACAUUUCUGGUUUCCAUCUGCCCUCCAAGCCUAAACUCCCACAAGAAACAGGAAAAAAACAUCCAGCCAGUGAACCUGAGAAUGAACCUGAGAACCUAGAAUUCAGUUCCUUCAUAUUCUGGAGAAACCCUCUGCCUAAUAUUGACCGUGAGCUCCAGGAGCUGCUGAUUGAUGCCGGUGAGGAGGAGGAAGAGGGAGAUAAUGGGUUUGAAGAAAGAAGAGACGAAGACAGUGAGGAUGACGGAGGUGGGUGGAUAACCCCCAGCAACAUCAAACGAAUCCAGCAGGAGCUGGAGCAGGGCGACAUCCCAAGAGACGUGCGUGUUGGCUGUGUGACCACGGACUUUGCCAUGCAGAAUGUUCUGCUGCAGAUGGGGCUGCACGUGCUGGCAGUGAAUGGCAUGUUGAUCCACGAGGCCCGGAGCUACAUCCUGCGCUGCCACGGCUGUUUCAAAACAACAUCUGACAUGAGCCGAGUGUUCUGUUCUCAUUGUGGGAACAAGACCCUGAAGAAAGUGUCUGUGACCGUCAGCGACGACGGCACCCUGCACAUGUACUUCUCCCGCAACCCCAAGGUGCUGAACCCCCAAGGCCUCCGGUACUCACUCCCCACUCCCAAAGGGGGCAAAUACGCCAUCAACCCGCAUCUGACUGAAGACCAGCGCUUCCCUCAGCUGCGACUCUCCCGAAAAGCUAGGCAGAAAACCAACGUGUUUGCCCCAGACUACAUAGCUGGGGUGUCUCCCUUUGCAGAGAAUGACAUCUCCAGCCGGUCAGCAGCCCUGCAGGUCCGGGACAGCACCUUGGGAGCUGGGAGGAGGCGCUUAAAUCCCAACGCUUCCAGAAAGAAGUUCGUGAGGAAAAGGUGAAGCGCGAGCUCCUGCAGGCAGGCCGGGUUGCGGUUGCAGCUGCUGAGGGGCCCUGCUGACGCGUUUCCCAGCUGUGUUGUCUCCAGAACCAUCUGAGGGAAAUAAUAGGCUGGCCUCGGCGCUGCCUCGUGACUGGCCGUGCCCUGUUGGACUUGUGGUGGAACAGGCUGUGCCUUGGCCUGUGAGCGCCCGGAGAGCUGGACGCCUGCCAGGUGAAAAGAGUGAUGAGAACAGAAAGAACAAUGCCCUGGAGCGCAUCUCCAGCCUCUAAAGACAGGAGUUUCCAAAGGAUAAUAUUUUUCUAAUAAAUGUGGUUGCAAGCUUC